UGAAGGAGGGCUGGCCGCUGAGAAGGAAGCCGCGCCGGGGCUGGCGCGCAGGCCCAGAAGCGAGCGAGCCGCGGCUGCCGGCGACGCCCCAGAGCGGAAGAGGGAAGUGAGUCGCGCCGGGCUGGGCUCGCGGAAAGGCGGAGAGAGGCACCGCGGAGGGGAGGCCAGCGUCCGCGUCGCGAUCCAUCCGGGAUGUCGAAGAACACGGUGUCGUCGGCCCGCUUCCGGAAGGUGGACGUGGACGAAUAUGAUGAGAACAAGUUCGUGGACGAGGAGGACGGCGGCGAUGGCCAGGCCGGGCCCGACGAGGGCGAGGUGGACUCAUGCCUGCGGCAAGGAAACAUGACAGCUGCACUCCAGGCCGCUCUGAAAAACCCCCCCAUCAACACAAAGAGUCAGGCAGUGAAGGACCGGGCGGGCAGCAUUGUCUUGAAAGUGCUCAUCUCUUUUAAAGCUAACGAUAUUGAAAAGGCCGUUCAGUCUCUGGACAAGAAUGGUGUGGACCUCCUAAUGAAGUAUAUUUAUAAAGGCUUUGAGAGCCCGUCCGACAACAGCAGUGCCGUGUUACUGCAGUGGCAUGAGAAGGCGCUUGCUGCUGGAGGAGUAGGGUCCAUCGUUCGUGUUUUGACUGCAAGAAAAACUGUGUAGUCCAGCUGGAACUGGACGUCGUUCACAGGAGUGGGAGUUGCUGGUACAAAGACCAAAACAACCAAAUGGCACCGCUGCCCUGUGGGUGGCAUCUGUUUCUCUCAGCUUUGCCUUCUUGCUUCCUUUUUCAUAUCUAUAAAGAAGAAAAUUACA